AUGUCUACUGUCUCUUACAAGAACAAGGAUGCGUACCUGUCGCUGUCGGGCUUGCCUGACAAGAUGGCCGUGUUCCAAGAAUGUCUCCAACAGUUCAAUGCAACACCAGUGAAGACGAAAAAAUGUCGUCAACUCCUAGCCAAAUUGUUAAGGCUCAUUUAUCAUGGUGAAGAGUUCCCACCACUGGAGUCUACCACUUUGUUUUUCUCCAUCUCAAAGUUAUUCCAGCACAAGGACUCGUCGUUGAGACAAUUGGUUUACUUGACUAUCAAGGAGUUGCUGUCGCUGUCAGACGACAUCUUGAUGGUCACGUCUUCCAUUAUGAAGGAUAUUCAAGAGGGAGAUGUUGUCUACAAGCCCAAUGCCAUCAGAACAUUGGCCAAAGUGUUGGAUGCUACAACAGUGUUUUCGGCCGAAAGAUUGUUCAAGAACGCCAUUGUGGACAAGAACCCUAUUGUGUCAACAGCUGCCCUUAUUUCAUCGUACAACAUGUUGCCCAAUGCUAAAGAGGUGGUCAAGAGAUUCACCAACGAGACGUUGGAGACAAUCCAGAGCUACAAACAGUUUCCCAAAGACCAGUUCCAGUUGCAUGAGUACUAUGGUAGCUCUACCUCCAACUUGCCAGCGACUUCUUACAUGUACCAAUACCAUGCCUUGGGCUUGUUGUACCAUUUGAAAAACCACGACAAGAUGGCUCUUAUGAAGUUAAUCACAACGUUGUCUGAGGGUUCGUCUUUAAAGAACUCGUUGUCGAUCAUCCAAUUGAUCAGAUAUAUCAACAAGAUUUUGAUUGAUGACGAAUCUCUCAUUACCCACUUGUACCCCAUCUUGUCUGGCUUGUUGAAGCAUAAGUCAGACAUGGUAGAGUUGGAAGCCUGUAAGACAUUGAUCAACUUACAACACUUGAUCAAGGACGACCAAUUCAUGUCAAUUGUCACCACAUUGCAGAAGUUGUUGGGUGUACCUAGAACGGCUACUAGGUUCGCUGCCAUCAGAUUGAUCAACAAGAUCUCUGCUAAACAUCCAGAAAAGAUCAUUGUCGUCAACAUCGAGUUGGAAGGCUUGAUCAACGACUCCAACAGAUCAAUUUCCACCUUGGCCAUCACCACAUUGUUGAAAACUAUGGGAGCAGGUACCAUUGACUCUGGUGCCGGAGGUGAAAACGUAGACAGAUUGAUCUCCAAGAUGACCUCGUUGAUGGACGAGAUUACGGAAGACUUCAAGAUCGUGAUCAUUGAAGCAAUUGAAAACUUAGCAUUAAAGUUCCCCUCGAAGCACAAGAAGUUGGUUGCAUUUUUGACCGAUUUGUUGAGAGACGACGGUUCGCUUCAGUUGAAGACAAGUAUUGUAGAUGCCUUGUUCGACUUGAUCAAGUUCUUGCCUGAAGCCAGUGCCAAACAGUUGAUAUUGAUGAACUUGUGUGAAUUCAUUGAAGAUUGUGAGUUCACCGAGUUGUCGGUUCGUAUUUUGCACUUGUUAGGAGACGAAGGUCCAAACACAUCCAAUCCUUCUUACUACAUUAGACACAUUUACAACAGAUUGGUUUUGGAAAACUCCAUUGUGAGAUCGUCUGCUGUCAUUUCUUUGGCCAAGUUCGCUGCUGUUUGUGGUGGUGACGUUUCUAAGAACAUCAAGAUCUUGUUGAGCAGAUGUUUGAACGAUGUAGACGAUGAAGUUAGAGACAGAACAGCCUUGUCAUUGAAGUUCAUCAACAGUGACCAUAAGAAGUUGAUUGUUUCCGGAUCCAAGUACGAUUUAGCUGCUUUGGAAAGCAAAUUAACUCAUUACUUGAACGAGACUGAUUUCGCUUCUUCAUUUGACAUCAAUGAAGUUCCACUUCUCAGCAGUGAAGAGUUGAAGUCUAUCGAGUACAACAAGAAGAUCAAUAAGUUGGAGUCUUCCAAUGCUGACGCCAGUGAAUCUAACGACAACGUCAAGGGUUCCAAGACCGAAGACGACAGAUCUGGUUCAGACAAUUUGGCCAACGACUUGUUGAAGCAACAAGAAUACGCACAGGAAUUGUCUCAGGUUCCAGAGUUCGCCGACUACGGCAAAUUGUCCAAGUCGACCCUUACUCCAAAGUACUUGACCGACAAGGAAAACGAAGUUGUAGUCACUGUAGUCAAGCACUUCUUCAUCGAAUCGCAAAAGUUGGUGUUGCAAUACGACGUCACCAACACUUUACCUCGAUCCCUUAUACAAGACUUUUCUGUUAUUGCCGUUCCCGAUAACGAGUUAUACGAAGAAGACUUCAUUAUUCCAUUGGCUGAAUUGAAGCCAGAACAAACCGGUACAGUUUACAUCUCGUUUAGUACCCCAAGUAUAGAAGACGAAGAUUUGCUUGCGGCCUUUGGCAACACCAUAAACUUUAUAAACAGAGAAAUCAUUGACGAUGAAGGCAAUGUCGAUGAAGCCGAUGAAGGAUACACGGAAGAAUUCGGCAUCGAAGACUUGGAAGUAUUGCCAGGAGACUUCCUUGCACCUUUGUACAACUCAAAUUUCAGUGCAGCCUACGAUCAGUUGCCACACCACGAGAGCUCGGUUGUUACGAUCUCUGGAGUCAACUCUUUAGAGAAUGCUGUCAGCAGCUUGAGAAGCAGCUUGAAUUUGUUGCCAUUAGAUGGAUCUGACUAUGUUCCAAGUGACACCAAUUCUCAUGUGUUGAAGUUGUUUGGUAAAGACGUUUGGGGCGGAAAAGUUGGUGUGUUGAUCAGAUUGGCUUUGACUGGCGGUAAGGUUGUUGCUAAGCUUGAAGUGAGAGCAGAAACAGACAAUUUCAGCACUGCUGUAGCCAACGGAGCAUACUGAACUUGUAAAUUUAGUUUCUUCAGUUUUACAUUUUUCUUUUCUUUGUGUACGAAUCAAAAGCCAUGUAUAGAGAAAUUGAAACUGUAGACACUCAAGUAGUUGAUACUACUAAAGGAAAUUGGAAUAUUAGGCUGGUAUAGUUGAUAUUGAAAUGCGGUUGUGCUAUUUUACGAGAAUAGCCUAUAAUUAUAG